UUCGGCGUCGCAGAGGUCGACGCAGGUGCAAGCCGGCAAGAUGGCGGCGGCUGGAGCGGGCCGUCUGAGGCGGGCGGCGUCCGCGCUGCUGCUCCGGAGCCCGCGCCUGCCCGCCCGGGAGUUGUCGGCUCCUGCCAGGCUCUACCACAAGAAGGUUGUGGAUCAUUAUGAAAACCCUAGGAACGUGGGGUCCCUUGACAAGACAUCUAAAAAUGUUGGAACCGGACUGGUGGGGGCUCCGGCAUGUGGUGACGUCAUGAAACUGCAGAUCCAGGUGGAUGAAAAGGGGAAGAUUGUGGACGCCAGAUUUAAAACAUUUGGCUGCGGCUCCGCCAUUGCCUCCAGCUCCUUAGCCACGGAGUGGGUAAAGGGGAAAACGGUGGAGGAAGCCCUGACCAUCAAAAACACAGACAUCGCCAAGGAACUCUGCCUCCCGCCUGUGAAACUGCACUGCUCCAUGCUGGCAGAAGACGCCAUCAAGGCUGCCCUGGCUGAUUACAAACUGAAACAAGAGGCCAAGAAGGACGAGCCGGAGAAGCAGUGAGCCCUGGGGACGCUCCAGCCGCUCACAGCCGCUCACAGCAGGCCUCCUGCCGCCCUGCACAUCAGAGAAGCUACGCAAAACGCACACUACUCACUGUUUGCACUAUGGCUCUGAUACAAGCAAAAUGUGCCGUUGAUUACGCCUAAUCCUGUGUUCCUUUCAGCUCACGUGUGUCCUUAGUGCAGUUGAUGUCUUGAUUGAGUUUGUGACCUGGGACUGAAAUCAGCACCAAAGUCUUAAGCUCUGGAGAGUGACAGGGAGUUGUACCCAAGCUGCGGGGAGACAGCCAGCAGAGCGCCUUGUGCUGGCUCUGAUAGGAUCUAUCACUGUGUGUUUAGCAGAUCUGCAUGUAUAUUAUAAUAAAAAAUGUAAGACGAUGGUUUUCUCUA